AAAGUUCGGAUAACACACCCCCUCCUCCUCCCCUGUCUCAUUCCCUGUCUCGUCCUUAUCCUCGCUCGCUCGCCCGCCCGCCCAUCGAUAGUUAGUUAUCCGCCCAUCCGCCCCACUCGUCCAUCGAUCCUUCAUAACCAACGUCUUCGCCACCACCCCCAGCAUCCUCCCAGAUGCCAUACAAUCCGAGCAAGUUCCUGUCCACGGCCAUGUACACCAUCUCCGCAGGCCCCUCCCGAAAGGAGUUUCCGAUCCACAGCGGACUGCUGUGCGCAAACUCCGAUGCCCUCCGCCGCCUGAUCGAUGCGAAGAAGGACGACCACACCAUCGACUGGACGCGCUGGGACGAGGCCACCGUCGACCGAUAUGUGCAGUGGCAGUAUACCCGCGAGUACUCUGUGCCCGAGCCCAAGCCCGCCUCGAUGCGGCAGUUGAGGUCAGAUACCCGCCGGCCGCGGGGUUCGUCGAUGCCCGCGAGCCCGCCCGCUACCCCCAGCCCGCCGUCUAGUGUCCUCUCUGGUGAGGGCGAUAACACGCCGAACCCUACUCCAACGAUCCAGAUGAAUGAUUCGGAUUCGAUGGAUUACGGCGAGGCGUUUAUGGCCCAUGCCCGUCUGUAUGCGCUUGCCCAGGCCACGGCUACUUCCCAGUUGGUGGUCGUGUGUAUCCACCAGUUGGCAUCAUUGCUCGACCAGAUCCGAUGGCUUGAGCGGUGUUCCGUCGCGGCCGACAACUUUGUCGACCUCGCACGAUUCGUGUACAGGCACACGAGCGGGCAUGCCACCCGCGAGGAGAGUCUACGUCGUGUGAUCAGCUCUUUCGCCGCCUUCAACUUCGAGCGCCUGGACUGUCCCAGUAUGAUCGCGCUGAUGGCCGAGGGCGGCGAUUUCGUCAUCGAUGUUUCCCGCAAGGUGAUGAAGACGAUGCGGAAGCCGGCCUUGGCCACCGCACCGCAGAAGGAGGACGCUCCCAUCGCCUUGAAGGCAAAGGCAAGACCGGUCAUGGCCGCACCCCCGCCACGUGCUGCGACGCCCUGCACGCCCUCCGCAUCCUCCACAUACUCCACAUCUUCGGCAUCGUCCACAUCAUCCGUGCCCUCGACGCCGCAAUCGAAGAUGAGGCGAGCGCCGUCGGUCAUGGGCAUGGCGUCUAUGCCGCCACCACCAUCAAGCGCUCGGAGGACUGGAACCGGGUUGUCCGCAAAGUCUGCACUCGAUGCCAUCAAGGCCAGUCCCGGCCUCGACCGCAAAUCCAGCAUCGCGCGACUCUCGAGCCCCGCCGUCGAGGCAAUGCGAAGAUCUGGACUGGAGCGGAAGGCCAGCACUCCACGUCUCGCGGCAUCGACUUCGGCAUUGAACCGCCAGAGCAGUCACGCCCGUCUGUCGUUUGGAAAAUAGAGUUAGAAGAACGAAGUGAAAAAAAAGAGCAUUAGUUAGCAAGGUUGCAUACAUAUGGGGUUAUUAUUUGGGUCUCCUUUUUUCUGUUUUUGUCUCUGUUUUGGUUUCGGUGUUGGUUUUUUUUGUUCUUUUCCUUCUCUUCUC